GGUAGGUAAUAUGUUCUUUAUUCUAUAGAUGCACGUAGGCAUAAAACCAGAUUUCCUUUUCAGUACCUACAUAACAUAAUGAUUGGACAAAGGAAGGCGAUAAUUAGUUGUGGACAAAAAUAGUCGUGCAGCCGGGCCCUGGGCCAGCUGACGUCAGCGCGCCAGGGCCGCGGCGGGGCAAGACGGGCCCCGCGCCAGUGUCGCGCGCGCCGUCAGUCUGGCCGCACGCCGUCUCGCUGCCCGCGCCCGCACCGCUGCCGCCUGCCACCGCACCACGCCACUCCACUCACCCUCCGCUCCCGACGCACCACCCUCAUGGUACGGAAAUACGAAAGAAUGAGUGGUCGUCAAUCCUGGAAUGAAGAAGAAAUGGCCAAGGCAGUGGCAGCCGUGGUAUCUGGUAAAAUGGGCUACAAGCUAGCCGCCAGAACCUUUCAUAUACCUCGCUCCACCCUCCAAAGAAGAGCAAGUAAAGUUCGCUACCAACAGCCCGAUGACCCGAAACCGCUCAUGGGACAUUACAGACGUGUCUUCACAGAGAAUCAAGAGAAAGACUUAGUCGGUUAUAUUAAGAGUAUGGAAAAAUAUUUCAUGGGCGUGUCCAGGAGAGACAUUAGGGAGCUCGCAUUCCAGUACGCAGAGGAUAAUAAUCUUAACCAUCCUUUUGAUUGCAACACGCGGAUGGCCGGUGAAGAUUGGGUGAGGAAUUUCCUUAAAAGAAAUCCAGAGCUGCUACAUAGAUCAGAAAAGGACUAUGAACUAGAGCCGGUGAACUUUGACCAGUUCUAUCACUUCAUGUGCCAAUCAUGAUCGUAAUUUCAAUUAAUAAUUUAGUUCUAAUAUCCAAGGUCACUUGAAGCCCACCCAACGGAGCCUCAAGUUUAUUGAAUGUUGAAAACACAACCUGUGUACAAUAUAGUAGAAUUUAUAUUCGAAAAAUCUUUUUUACGCACUGCAAGUGGUUUAGGCUAAUUUUAACUUAUCAACGGAAUUUAUAGAUAAAGGCAUGUAGGAAAAAAAUUAAAACUUAAUAUAUACGUUACAUUAAUAGACAAUUAAAAUAUUUAAAUUAAAAGAGCCUAGCUCUCACGAUAUUUAUAGCUAAUACUUAGUGAUAAUUACUUAAUAGACUUUUUAUUCAUAAUAUUUCAUUCGUUCUACUACCUACUUAAUUACGCUGUUUUGAAAUUGAGUACUUAUCGAAACUAACAUUCUGCACAUUAUUGAAGUUAUUCUUGUUUAUAGUUUAUAUUCUGUUAUUUAAUGGUAAUCGGUUAUUAUAGGGCUGUGAUAAUGGAAGAGGUGUAAAUUAGGGAACAUAUCAAGAGUAAAGUGUUUAACAAUAAUUAAAUUAUGUUUUCCUUCUUCUACCGCUUUUGUCAAUUGUUACCUCACAGUUCUCAUUAGUUUUCUAAACACACACACACAUGACACACACAAAAUCUUUGUGUUUGCCAAAUCAAAA